AACGUUUUGAUCCAAUUCACUCGAAGAGAUCGGGGAGGCACUCUCACCGCUAUGAAGCGAAAAGAAACGACAACUGGCGAAUCGUCAUUAUUCGGCUGAAAUGAUUCGGGUUCUCGAGCUAACAGGCAUAUAAGAAACAUGCGGAUAGGAUACGACUCGAAAAUCCAGAAAGAGCUGUAGUUUCUGCAGUGUGCGCACCCUUAAACUCGGAGGAUUUUCCCCCGUCGGCCGCUUCGCACCGACCAGGCAAUGACAACGGCCUCCGCAACCCCGCAGCAGAUGAGAGAGCGGCUGCUGCAGGCCAUCGACAGCCAGAGCAAUAUAUGUAACAUGGUUGCAGUCCUUGAUGUUAUCACCAAUUUGGAGAAAUAUCCAAUCACUAAAGAAGCACUUGAGGAAACUCGAUUGGGAAAGCUUAUUAACGAUGUCAGGAAGAAGACGAAAGAUGAAGACCUUGCUAAACGUGCCAAGAAACUGCUUCGAAACUGGCAGAAACUGAUUGAGCCCAGCCAAAAUGAUGCUCCUUCUCGAGGAGUGCCGGGCACCCCAGGCUCAGCCAACGGCAGUUCUCAUCCGUGCCGAACAGACACGCCUCCAUCCGUUCCCCCACCCAGCAAAAAGUCUCCCGAACUUAAGAACAGAAAUGAUGUUCACAAUACUUACUCAGCUACAGCGGAAAAGUCUAGAAACCGAAAACACAGGGGGGACCAAAGGGAUAGUCCGCAACCGCCCACUAAAAUGCACAAAACAUUAUCCUACGGGCACACGUUUUCCACCACCCCUCCAUCAAAUGGAUUUAGCGGCAGCCCGGAGCCUUUCCUAGAAAAACAAGAUGAUGCACCUUCUGAUAGAAACUGCCCAGAGCAUCUAGACAAUGACAAACAAAACAAAAUCCCUGUUAAUGCUGUUAAGCCUCAUCCGAGUUCUCCAGGGCUUACCAGACUCCCCAGCACUUCAUCCUUACUCAAAACGUCAGUGUUACAGCAGCAAUCAAGAACAGAAGGAGAUGGAGGUGACAAACUUUCAAUCAGUAGUCCUCAAUUCUCAUUAAGUCCACAUACUGUAGCUCGUGAGACAGUGGCUAAGAGGUCUUCAGCUUAUGCAUCAAAAGGGACUCUGUUGAGCCCAUCUCAUAACUCUGCCCAAGUGCCCUCUCUUUUGCCUUUAACCUCCCCAAAUCAAAUGUCUCACGCUGACGGCCGUCUAACUCUAGACCUAGACGACACGGAGGUUCCCUUCAACAGAAAUAUCGAGAGAACCUCUGAAUCCCUUCAUAACAGUACAGCACAGGAGCCUUCAGAACUGUCCCGGCACAAUUUCUCACCCGAGGUUCCUAAAGGUGGGACAGAAAGUGCGACCUUGAACAAAAAAAGAAAGAAGUACAGGUCCAGAGACUACAUGGUAAAUCUUCAAGGCCAGUCCUCGGAGGACAGGACGAAGCCCGUGCGCUUAAAAGAGCGCAGGUUGACUUUUGACCCAGUGACGGGACAAAUCAAACCCCUCACUCCGAAGGAAUCUCACCAGGAGGAGGAAUGCCAGGGACCACCAGUUUUCGAGCCUGUAAGGAUCGAGACCCCCCAACAGAGGCCACCUACGACUGCUCAAAAUCCUUUCCAGCAAACGAACUGGAAAGAGCUGUCCCGGAACGAGAUCAUUCAGUCCUACCUUAGUCUUCAGAGCAACGUUCUGACCUCCUCCGGAGCUCAGACCCACGGCGCACACUUUUUCAUGACCGAGUAUUUGAAACAAGAGGAAAACGCCGUUAGGGAAUUGCGGAAGACUCACGUUCUCGUCCCGAACGGCUCCACCGACGAACUACCCGGCGCGAGUCGAGAGGUGACGCACGAGGACCUCCAUAGAAUAGACAAAGAGCACUGGCCGGGAGUCAAUGGCUGUUAUGACACCAAUGGAACCUGGUAUGAUUGGACAGACUGUAUAUCAUUGGAUUGUCAUGGUGAUGAGACCAAAUUAAAUAUUCUGCCAUAUGUCUGCCUAGACUGAGAAAGCGGCUCUGAAUGGCUUUUGGUUUUCAUUGCCCCCCCCACAACUGUGAGUUUAAAAACAGAGUCAGAACUUCUUUAUAUUCAGUACUGAAGUUUUCUGAUCCGUGGAGUGAAAGGAGGGGGGGGCUCUUCGGUUUUCUUAAAUAAUAAUAAUUAAAAGAAAAAAAAGCUAAUUAAAAUAGAUGUCCUGUUUGUAAUGUGCUGCUACCAACAAAAAAUUUGCAAACUAGAUUUGUAAAUGAUGGCUCAGUCCGAGUACCUGGGCCAGUUAUUGCACAGUGUGUAUAGGAGUCAGAGCACUAAGCAGUGCAGGUUGGAAAGCAAGUCAGAAACUUUGGCAGUUACAAAAACAAAAAGAAGAAAAAAAAAAAAAAGCUUUAUGUGACUUAAAGAAUAAAUUAUACUUUUUUUUAUCAUGUAUGCAUCUAUUUAUUUGACUUGAUCAUAUAUUUUUUUUCCUACCAGAAGGUUUAUCUGCCAAGAUGUGUGAAUAUACACACUUAUUUUUAUUUUUAUUCCCACCCCCCCACCACUCUUCUUCUCCCCCCCCCAUCCCUCCAUUUUCUUUGUGAUGGACAUGCGGUGUGUACAUUUUGUCUGUCUCGUGCCAUUGCAUUGCAGCCACCAACAUUCCAUGUGAUCCUGUGUAUGUGAUUUCCUCCAGAAGAAUCUAUUUGCGAUGGGGUUUGACGGAAGGUAUAAUAGAUAUAUAUUUGCUUAGAUCGGUAUACAGAUAUCCAAGAAAUAAAGGUUUAUUUCACUUCAUGCCGCACUUGAGGAGUGGCAGCGGAGAGUGCCGCCUCUCUUUUAUUUAUUUAAAGAUGCUGGAAAUGUACUCGUUACCAUUCCUUUAGACGAUGUUUGCCUUAACUGGACACAGGAGAAAAAAAUAAUAAUAAUUUCGGGAAUUUAGAGCAUUUUGUUUUUUUGUAUACGGUUUCCAGCCCAUCUCUCUGUCUGUCUGUCUCUCUCUCUCUCUCUCUCUCUCUCUCACUCUCUCACUCUCUCACACUGACAGUAAAUGUGCAUUAUCUGCAUGUCUGUACAUAGUUCUUUCAGUCCAUGUAAACUGUUGCAGAGUGUUUGUUUAGUGAGAGGUGAUCCUUUGUUUUGAAGAUCUUUCACGUUCAUCGACCGGUCAGUUAAUUUAUAAUGUAAUUCUACUACACUCAACAUUUCCAUGGUCUCUCUCUCUCUCUCUCUCUCUCUCUUUCCCACCUUCCUUCCCUUUUUAAAAUUUAAAUCUGGUUUGUUUCAUUUUCAUAAAGGUUUUGUUAAAAGGCAGCGAGAGUCAUUUUUGCUGCUGACUUGCAAACACUGUGUGCUCUGCUACUUUCGUACCAAUGUGCCUUUAAUGUAUAAAAAAAAAAGGAAAGAAAAAAAGAAGAAAAAAAAAGAAAUUGGAAUGGCUUCAGCUAGCUUCACUUGAAAAGUACAACAUGUUUCUUAAUACCAUGUCCGAUAUUGCAGGGAUACACAUUGUUUUUUUUCUGAAGCAAUGAGCUCAACCCUUGUUUAAGGGGAUCAUGAAUCUGCAAUAAAACCAGAUGGCAAACUAUUCUGAUCAGUUGGUUGAUCAAUACUUUUAUUUUUUGUUUUUUUUUUUUGUUCAGU